AUGAUGCUUCUAGUAGUUGUAACGAAUGCCGGGAGAGGCGGUGAUAACAGCAGUGAUACUGGAAGCAUAUUGAGCGAUCCUCUACCUCAACAACAGAUUCUCCGACAAAACAAGGGUUUACGACAUUUUAGCAAACAAGUCUGUGAUAAAGUAGAACUAAAAGGCGUGACAACUUACAACGAGGUCGCGGAUGAAUUGGCUGACGAUUUUGCCACUCAGAUGUUAGAACAUGGAGGCGCUAAAGUUGACCAGAAAAAUAUACGUAGGCGGGUAUACGAUGCAUUAAACGUAUUGAUGGCCAUGGGGAUAAUACAAAAGGAUAAGAAGGAGAUACGAUGGCUGGGAUUAUCUGGAGAAGGGGAUGAUGGUAGUUCACCCUCUUCGUCUGUGACGAUGAGAGAAGAACUCGAGAGACAACGAUCCGAACUAAGGGAACUUGAACGAGAGAACAAGCGGCUUACUAGAGAAGUCAGAAGUAAGAAACAUGUUGUGCGGGACAGAUUUCGUCGACGCCUACAACUUCGUAACUUGAUCAAACGUAACAGUGAGAGGUUGUCCUGGCGAGCAAGCGAUAAUUUCAAAUACGAGAAACCGUACCUUACCUUGCCAUUCAUGCUCGUUCGAUGUUCUCGCGGUACGUCAGUUGACAUCCAAAAGUCCUCCGAUGGGGAAUCAAUCCUGUCGUUUUCUCCUCACGAACCAGAAAUCAUCAAGGAUAGUGACAUCCUUAGUCGUCUGGGGAUGGACAAAUUCAGUGCAGGAGACUUACAUCAGUGGAAUGAUACAGAAUUCAUUAGAUGGCUUGUUGACUUUCAUCAAGGAUAA